UCCGACUGCGCAGCGGGCGCCAGGUGCUCAAGGAGACCGUUUGAACACAUCCAAAAAUGUGUUCUUCCUAAGCGAUUAUACUGCCAUUUGUCACCAUAAUUUCGCUUCGAAAGCUGCGGAUUGUGGUUUUCCCUCGUUUAAUCCCGUCCCUGUCGCUUUAAUGCUCCAGACAAAACGACCCAUAUGAUUUUCGACCUCCAAUCAUCAUCAUCAUCACUCCCCCGGCCGAGAGUGCGAGUCCUUCUGCAUGCGGACAUGGCGAAAAAGGACAGAUGUCUAAAAUGUCUAGAAGAGCGCAGAGCGGAUAUAAAUGACAGCUAAUUUCAUGAAAACGAAGCAUUGAGAAAUGCUAAGGAGGGGAGACGGUAUAGAGCACUGAAUCACCAUGCUCAUAGUGGAGAAAACUUCUGAGCAUCCAUCUGCAGAGCUCUCCCUCGUUGAGGAUGUGGCCCUUCACUGCACCUUUUUAAUGGACAGGUUGAACAAGCAGCGUCUGUUUCAGCCAGAUCUAUGUGACGUAGACAUUGUCCUCCUGCACCACCAGACUUCUUUCCAGGCCCAUAAGGGUGUCCUAGCAGCCUACAGCCCCUUCUUCCACUCACUGUUUGCAUCGAGUAAGGAGCUGCGGCGCGUGGAACUUUCUCUGGAGACCCUCAAGCCUCAAGGCCUGCAGCAAAUCCUCAACUUCAUCUACACCUCCAAGCUGCUGGUCUCCAGCUGCAAUGCCCAAGAUGUGCUCAAGGCUGCCACAGUGCUCCAGAUGAGUAACAUCGCCACUUCCUGCAAUGAACUCAUUUCUAGAGGCUCGCUGGAACUCAGUCCCUCUGUGGACCAAACCAAACAGGAAGUCAGCGCUCAGAGCUGGAGCAACAGCAACUCGGUGAACUCCAACUUUCACAUGGAGAUCAAGCAAGAGAAGGACCCGACCUGUGCCAGGAUCCAUGGAGGGAAAAGUGAAGCAAACCCAUGUGCUGUUCAGGUUGGCGAUGGGCAUCCAGUGCAAGUAGGUGCUUGUAAAGUAGAAGGGAAGGAAACUGAAAACCUGAAGGACCCUGAAGAUCUUGAUUCAUUUAAUAGAGAGCAAAUUAUUGUAGAGCUGAACCUGAACAACCAAACGCUUAAUGUGUCCAAAGGUUUAGAGGGAAACGCGGCAGUUCAGUCGCCCUCAGGACAACAGCUUCCUGGCAAAGGAAGGAGGAGUAAUGAGAAUGUUGAGGAAUCAAGAGACAAUGUGGCUUUAGAGGAGGAGGAAGAUGAAUGUGAGCAAAGUGAAGAUGAUGAUGUGAGACUUGAAGGCACCAGUGAAGAGGAAGGUGAAUACACAUUACCUGCAUUCAUGUCUGAAAGACCAGUACGACAAACCCGGGCCUCCAGUGAUGCUGUCACGAUGGUCUCCAAGAGAAAACGUGUGAGAGGGAGGCAAGAGACAGCUCAUGGAGGAAACGGUGAGGAGCAUCUGGACCAGGAUAGCUUAGAGUUUCAGAGCUUCACCUGUGUGUGGUGCCCCAAGACAUUCAACAACCGCUGGCACCUGGAGAAACACAUGAACGUGACACAUAACCUCAUGCAUAUCUGUGACAAGUGUGGCAAACGCUUCCUAAUGGAGAGCGAGCUACUGCUGCAUCAGCAGACCGACUGUGAGAAGAGCAUACAGUGUCUAAUCUGUGGAAAAGCUUUCAGGAAGCUCUGGUCGCUCCAUGAGCACAAUAAGAUUGUUCAUGGCUAUGCUGAGAAGAAGUACACUUGUGAGAUCUGUGAGAAGAAAUUCUACACAAUGGCUCAUGUACGCAAGCACAUGGUUGCCCACACAAAAGAGAUGCCAUUUACCUGUGAGACAUGUGGCAAGUCUUUUAAAAGGAGCAUGUCACUGAAGGUCCACUCUCUCCAACAUUCAGGAGAGAAGCCUUUCCAGUGUGAGGUCUGCAGUGAACGAUUUCAGUAUAAGUACCAACUGCGCUCUCACAUGAGCAUCCACAUCGGACACAAGCAGUUUAUGUGUCAGUGGUGUGGGAAGGAGUUCAAUAUGAAACAGUAUUUUGAUGAGCACAUGAAGACACACACAGGAGAGAAACCAUAUAUAUGUGAGAUCUGUGGGAAGAGCUUCACAAGUCGUCCCAAUAUGAAGCGGCACCGGCGUACACACACGGGAGAGAAGCCUUACCCCUGCGAAGCAUGUGGCCAGCGGUUCCGCUUCUCCAACAUGCUGAAAGCUCACCGAGAGAAGUGUUCCCAGGUCAGGAACCCUCCACUGCUGCGCUCCUCUGCUAUAACCAAUCAAACGGAAGCUGCUGCAAACCAAGAACUGCCGGUUGGGAUGGAAGCUUUGAGGGAUAUUAACCCACAUCUGCAUGGUGUAAUCUCUUUUCCAUCAUCUGUGCUCCACUCAGUGGACGGGGGUCCGUCACAUUCUCAGUUACGUUCCCUUACGCCGCUCUACUCCGCUGGAAGGACAGACUCCAGGAACCUGUAACUACUGCUCUGUAUUAUAAUAUUGUUUCUUUGUGAUGCAGAGAUACUUUAUAUGUAGCAAAGAGUCUGAGAUUUCAUGUUAGUCUUAUUUUGUUUUCACAUCAUAUUCUCUGAUACUCAUUCUAAUAUCCCUUCCGUUUCCAUAUUAAAUGUUGACGGAGUCCUCCAUGCUAUGAUAAUCCCUAAAUAGGCAGUAUUAAGUAUUAAGUAAAAUACUAAAACUAUU